GAUGGAUGAAUAGAUGAGCGGAAAGCUGACAGCACCGUGAAAACACCGUGAAGUGGACGUGGCGUGCAGCGGCUGGGCUUCUGCAACUUUGUCUGCUUGUACGGUUGAACAGAGAUGAAGGAAAAAUGCAAGAACGCAGCGAAGACGCGGAGAGAAAAAGAGAACGGAGAGUUUUAUGAGCUGGCCAAACUGCUGCCUCUGCCGGCGGCCAUCACCUCCCAGCUUGACAAGGCCUCCAUCAUCCGACUAACCAGCAGUUACCUCAAGAUGAGGGCAGUCUUCCCUGACGGUCUGGGUGAUGGAUGGGGUCAGUCAACAAGGUUCAGUCCUCUCGACAGCAUGGCCAAAGAACUUGGUUCCCACCUUUUACAAACUCUGGAUGGCUUUGUGUUUGUUGUUGCCUCUGAUGGCAAAAUCAUGUACAUCUCUGAAACAGCGUCGGUCCACCUUGGCCUUUCCCAGGUGGAGCUAACAGGAAACAGUAUAUUUGAGUACAUCCAUCCAUCAGACCAUGAUGAGAUGACAGCAGUGCUGGGUCUUUGCCAGCCCCCACACCAUCACUUCUCUCCAGAGUAUGAAAUAGAGCGCUCCUUCUUCUUGAGGAUGAAGUGCGUUCUUGCUAAACGAAAUGCAGGACUUACAUGUGGGGGAUAUAAGGUCAUCCACUGCAGCGGCUACCUGAAAGUGCGUCAGUACAUGGUGGACAUGGUGCUGUAUGAAUCCAGUUAUCAGACUGUAGGCUUGGUAGCAGUUGGUCACUCCUUGCCCCCCAGUGGUAUCACUGAGAUCAAACUCCACAGCAACAUGUUCAUGUUCCGGGCCAGCCUGGAAUUAAAACUCAUUUUCUUGGACACAAGGGUGGCAGAGCUGACAGGCUAUGAGCCUCAGGACCUGAUAGAGAAGACUCUCUACCACCACGUUCAUGCCUGUGACGUUUUCCAUCUACGCUAUGCUCACCAUUUAUUAUUGGUGAAGGGGCAGGUAACCACUAAGUACUAUCGUAUGUUAUCAAAACAUGGAGGCUGGGUGUGGGUGCAGAGCUACGCCACCAUUGUCCAUAACAGCCGCUCCUCCAGACCUCACUGUAUUGUCAGUGUGAACUACGUCCUCACUGAUAUCGAGUGCAAGGAGCUGCAGUUGUCUGAAGACCAGAGUCGAGCUACUAAACCCGGUCUCAGUCCUUCUUCCUCUCAGGACCACCGCAAACAACUCAGAACCAAAGCAGUCAAGAUGAGGACCAAACUCAGAGCAGCUCCCUAUCCUGAGCAGGCCUCUGGCCUUCUCCAACCAGGAUGCUUGAGCUGCUCCCCACAAAGGGGGCCGUGGAAGGAGAGAUCCCCAUACCCCCUGACCACAUGCAGGGAAAAGAGCUCCAGUUUGAGCCCCGAAGCAGGCCAGGUGACUUGCGGCCCCACUUACAACCUGACCCUCCAUUACCCCUACAAUCACCAACAUCUGGAUGCUCAGAGCCAGCUGCCUAGCUCAGAUCCGUCCUCUCAGCUGGCUCAGCAGAUCAUUGGCUCCCUGCACAGCAGGGGGUCUGUGGAGUGGAACAUCAGCAGGCCCCCAGCACCCAACAAAUACACAGGCCAUGUGCUGGCAGCUGACCGGAGGUACCCUGAUGAGAUCUACUAUGAUUCUUCCAGCAGCACAAACCCACCCUCUACCAACAAGCUGAAGGAAGAACCCUACGAACAUUACACACUUGUCCACAGGGAGGUGUCUGAGGUUUGUCCAUACCCUCGUCUUCAUGCCACCAAGGACAAUAAGCCUUUUGGCCAGGAUGUCCAACAUAAUACAAGAGGUACUGAGGGCCCUCGAAGUGACCGGGCCCUUGCCUGCCCUUUGCUCAGUGGCCUUGUACUGGGUAAAGGUGAUCAGGGUGGCUCGCUGCACAGUGCGGGCCAGCCUCUCCCUGUGCACAUGGCACUAGAGCAGAAGAGAAGGCUGUGUUUGAUGGAGGCUCCCUACAGCCACCCAGCUGCAGGAUAUCCACAACCGACUGAUAGUCGCCAGCAGCAUGGGGCAGCUGCAGAGCUGCAGCCCAGGUCUGCUGAGGAGGACCGGAGAAUGUUGAUAGGUGUGGGUGUUGGGGUAGGACUUCCAGCCCAAUCUCCAUACAUGUCUUUGAAUUUUCAUAAAGUCUGGGGCAAACACAGUCCUAUUAAAGCCACCCCUUUAGCCACACUGAGCCAUAUACCAGAUGGCCACAUUUACCAUGGUAAAGAAACAGCCUCUUACAGCUGUAACAGCCAGAGUCCCAGCUCAGGCUCAUCGCCUGAGAGCCAUAGAGAGAUGCCACAUUACAUUGGCACAUCUGUUAUUAUCACAAACGAGAGGUGA